AUCAAGUUUUAUUGCACCAUGAUAGACCUCAACUCUCCUCUACAUAAUGUGGCCUAUGCCAUUGCCACCUUGAUUCUUACGAUUGCCAUCAACGUACUUUGGCAACUAUUGCCUCGAAGAAAAUCAGAACCGCCAUUGGUAUUUCACUGGAUCCCGUUUGUCGGCAGUGCUAUUUCGUAUGGAUUGAAUCCCUUCGAAUUCUUCACGAAUUGUCGAAAACAUCAUGGCGACAUUUUUACCUUCGUACUCUUUGGCAAGAAAAUUACUGUCUACCUUGGAGUCGACGGUAACGAGUUUAUCUUAAACGGAAAGUUACGAGACGUCAAUGCCGAAGAUAUCUACGGCGCGCUUACUACCCCCGUGUUCGGCAAGGAUAUCAUCUAUGACUGUCCCAACGAAAAGCUGAUGGAACAGAAGAAAUUUGUUAAAUUUGGCCUUACACAGAAGGCCCUGGAGUCAUAUGUACCAUUAAUACAACAGGAAGUUCUUGAAUAUAUAAAAGCCUCUCCUAGUUUCAAAGGUUCGUCCGGGAUAGUCGAUAUAUCGGCCGCUAUGGCAGAAAUCACCCUCUUCACUGCCAGCCGCGCCCUCCAGGGAGCAGAAGUACGAAAGAAACUGACGGCUGAAUUUGCCGAUCUAUACCACGACCUCGACCAAGGUUUCCAGCCGAUUAACUUCCUCGUGCCAUGGGCGCCUCUUCCGCAGAAUCGGCGGCGAGACGUGGCGCAUGCCAAGAUGACUGAAACCUAUCUGGAACUAAUCAACAACCGUCGUGUCGAUAAGAAGAGCAGGGAGACCAGCACCGACACCGACGGAACCGACAUGAUUCUUAACCUCAUGAGUUCUAUCUACAAAGAUGGACAGAUUCUUUCCGAUGAGAAUAUUGCCCACUUGAUGAUUACCCUUUUGAUGGCGGGACAGCACUCUUCAUCGUCCUCAAGCGCGUGGAUCAUGCUUCGCCUAGCAUCACGACCAGACAUUGCUGAGGAACUAUACCACGAGCAAGUAAACAAUAUUCACUAUACCGGCCAACCGCUCCAAUACUCCGACCUAAGCAAGCUUCCUCUACUACAGAAUGUCGUCAAGGAAACGCUACGUAUCCAUUCCUCCAUCCAUUCUCUUAUGCGCAAAGUCAAGAAUCCGCUGCCAGUUCCCAAUACCGAAUACGUCAUCACCCCCGACAAAGUCCUCCUGGCGUCGCCCAUCAUGACGCAUCUGGACGAAGAAUACUUUGCGAACCCGUUGGUGUGGGAUCCGCACCGUUGGGAUAAUAUCGUCGAGGUAGAAAACAAAGAGGACAUGGUCGACUACGGAUAUGGCGCUAUGUCAAAGGGAACAAAGAGUCCAUACUUGCCCUUUGGUGCAGGUAGGCAUCGGUGCAUUGGGGAGAAGUUUGCGUUUCUCAACCUGGUCACGAUCGUCUCUACCCUUGUUCGAAAUUUCAAGUUCACGACGACUGACGGCAAGUCUUGGGUACCCCCGACAGAUUACACAUCGAUGUUUUCGCGCCCUGUCCAGCCAGCCAGUAUCCGCUGGGAGCUUCGUUUUCCCGAAUCUUCCUAGAAGAGCAUUGUUAGUUUGAUGCCAUUUUACUACAUUUGAGACUAAGACAUCUGGGCUUCUAGCCUACACUUAUGUGGCAGAUAUGAUGGGACAACCCUGGCAGGGGUAGGAUAUGGA